UGGGAAGGAAGGAGUACUGCUGCAGCAAUCAUGAGAUGAGAGUCUCAUUCGACGCAUCUUCAUCCUCCUGUACAUUGAUCUAGUCUAGCCGUGUGGAUGGAUGGCCUGCGUACGUGGUGUCCAUGUCGUCUGCUGCCAUCAUGCAGGCUGUGAUCCUGCUCCAUGCAUCUGCCGCCUUGACAGUGGAUAGAUAGAUGGCAGCCCUUCUGCCGGCGUUCGGGCUCGUGCACAAGGCAUGCACCGGCCUGGGGACUCUGAAGAGGCUCCACACCAAGAAGACACAGGUCGAUCACAGAGGCGAAGAUGUGUCCAUGCCAUGCACUGAGUCCUUCUUCCAUCUCUCUCUGUGUGACGUGACGUGACUCAAUCAGGUGUCUGAGCGGCUGACCCCCCUCCUGACGGCACUCGAGGGGCUCAAGAUCCCGUACGCCAUCGCAACACGAUACAGGAAGCGCCAUGCCACGUCAGCCAUCGUCGAGAGCCCCAUGUACCUGUUCGAGUGCCUCAUGAGGCAAGUGGAGGUUUUGCUGGGCACCUUCCCCACCUCUGACGAUGGCGAUAUCGUCCUCACUGAAGACUACCUCACCUCGUUCAUCAAGUAGGCGGCAUCUCACAGCCACCCGGCCACACGCGGCUACCGAUUGGUGGAUGGACGCACUCUCUGUGUCUGUCUUCCAGGGCGCCUGGUCGUGAGGAGGCCUUGGAUCUCCUCAUCAAGCAGCUGGAGCUGACACAACAAGCCCUCCAGCUGGCCUUCACCACUAUCACUGUGUCUGGCCUCCCGCCAUGGCAGGCCAUCCCAUACGCGUGGAGCGAUAUGGGUGUGUAAGAGAAGAAGGCACGUGGGCAGACACACACACCCAGGAGCGACAAGCUACCAUGUUUGCUGCGCUGUGUGUCACAUGUAUGUGCUUUAUUCAGCGUAUCACUGGGCUGACCGCCUCGUCAGUGACUAUGAGAUGGGACGUGUUCAGUCCAUGGCCAUCGCCGAGGGACGGCUCUUCACAUGUGUCAACCAAAGCAAAAAAGACAUCUGGUCAGUUCGUCAGAACACACACGCAAGGAUGCACUGACGGAUGGACGGACGCACGGACGGACGCAUGCCGGUAUCCGCCCAUCCAUCCACCCAAUGCACAUUUGUUGUGCUGUUUGGCUGCAGGGUGGAGAGCACUCGGCGGUGUCAGUUCAUCCUGUCCGUCGACGGCUCAGUGACCGAGCCGACGCGAGAGGUGCCCUAUCUGCUGGAGAUCAUCGCCGUCACCGACCACACUACAGACGCACCACAAGAGGAGGACUCGAACGGCGAGGAGGACGCCCCGCAGCCGCCCUCAUCGUCAGCCGACGCCAAGAAUAAGGCGCAGAGCCCCCCAUUAGCCGAACGAGACGCCACUCAUGUGCCCAACCUCUCUUCCAAGCUCCUUCAUGCGGUCCCCUUGCACCUCCCCGACAGCCUGUCCAUAACACGAGCGGCCGCUCGGAGCGUCAAACCCGCGCUGGACGAGCUGCCGUCGGGUGUGUGUGAGGAUGGGGAUGAGGUGAUGAAGGGGCUGCCGACGACGGACCUGCACCCCCUAGAUGUGUGCUACGACAUGACUGUGAGCGCGACGGCGGCCCGAGGCCAGUCGAGGCUGCCGAGGCGGCUGCUGCUCAUCUACGAAGGCACCUUUGUGCCACUGGAGGUGUUCGAGCUCCUGGUACUCAUGGCCGCAGGUGAGUGGAGUGAAGACGCACACAGGGAUGGGCAAUGGACACACGAACUCUCGUGGAUGGAUGGAUGGAGGCGUUUGCGGCUUUGUGUGUGCGUCCGUCAGAUUGCCAGGUGCGUGACUCGCAGAAGGUGCUGGUGGAUGCGUGGCGGCGUGUGGGGCAGCCUGACGAUGUGUCCGCCCUGGCGAGUGCCGUGAGUACGUCCCUCACCAUUGGGGGUGCAUAGCCAAAGACGAGGGCUGUGUCGUUCUUGUCGUGACUCGUCGCAUUCAUGAGUGCAUUCACUGAUAGCUAACAGACAGAUCGGCACGUCAGG